CAACUGUAUGUUAAGCCCCAGUGAAGUUCACUGGCGUCCCGUUGAAUGCGCUGUUCCCCAAAGCAAAAUCAAUAAACAACAAUGGCGUCCAGUAAGCCAAAGGGUUAAGUGAUAUCGUGCGGUUCAGUCCCAGUUUUUCUUCGUAAUUAUAUCUUGAUCUUCCUUGAGACUUGUGACAUCCGGUGCAUUCGACCCUUGCCUUGGCUGUUAGUGAUAAGAAGGGAGCUGAGUGUGUUGCGAGGCUGACUUGCACUAUGGUAAAGGUGACCGAGGAUAGCGAUCGGGAUAACAAGGAGAGAAGGGAGGAGCCGGAGGAGGGCAAGCUGCCGCGGACGGGGACCUCUAACCUGGCCACCCAGCACUUCCACUACCACUGGUCCUACCCCAGCGGGGGCCCCGCGGCCCAGGCCACCUUCCACUUCGGCCCGGGCUUCGAGCCCCAGACCUCCCCGCACCAGCACGUCGUCUACUUCCACGUCAACCCCGGCGUCACCGUCAGCUUCCAGAUGGGCGACAACAUCCAAACAAUCAAAGGGCCGAUGACAGUUCCGAUGGUGUCUACCAACAGCUCGCCCCCGAUAGCGAUGCCGGUACAGGUACCGCACGGUCACGUGGUCCAGCAGAUCGUGGAUGAGAGCGGCACCCUCCGCCAUGUCAUCCUGUCUCCGCAGCACCCGCCCCUCCUACCUCUUCCACAGCACUUCGGCGCUGGCAACCCAAGUGGCUCCUCCCAACCGCAGAGCUAUUACCCCGGUGCAAUGCCUCAUGGGUUUCCUGCAUUCAGCCCAAUGCAACCCGGUGGUGUCCUUGGCCAUGUGCCGCCGCAGGGUCAUUCACCUCCACCUCAUAAUUACCAUAAAGACGAAAGGACUCAGCGGCAAUAUAAUAAGCUGAAGAAAAAACUUGAGCAAAAGCAACUCAGGGAACAUCCACUGAAUACUACUCCUCCUCUUUCUCCUAGAAAAGAAAUAAAUGGAAAUAGCAGAAAAGGAGUUGGAAGCGUUGGAACGUCUGAAGAUGGGGAAGAGAGUUCUAGUGUUCAGGAUGAGGAAGAAGAUACUGGCAUUGCAGAUGUCCUUGGAAAUAUUAAAGCACCAGAGGUUAGUGAUGUUACUAGUCGAACAGCUCUUGUUCAGUGGAGUCCUCCCCAGAUAGAAAAUCCCCAAGACGUUAGCUAUGAUGUUUUGUUGAGUGACAGGGGGAAAGAAGGAAAAUACAAAUCCAUAUAUACCGGUGAAGCACUUUCUUGCAGGAUUGAAGAUCUGAAACCUGGUACUGAAUACUCAGUUCGAGUUAGCGCACGUUUAGAAACUUUGGUCGGGUGUGCAAGUGAGGCAACCCUUUUAGUAACUCCUCCUUGUAAGCCUGAUGCUCCGCUGGCGCCUAAGCUUUCAUCGAGAAGUCGAAAUUCCAUCACUUUAAAAUGGUCUGCAGCUUUGGAUAAUGGUGGACAUAUAGACCACUACGUUGUUGAAUGGGAACAAAACGGUUCAUGGAGUGAAGCAGCAAAAAGCAAAAGUAAACAAGCCCACAUUCCUAAGUUGCAACCAGCGACUUCAUAUUGUUUUAGGAUCGCCGCAGUUAAUCAAUAUGGAAAGAGUGACUACAGCGGUGUGGCUACAUUCACCACUUGUGACAGCCCUCCUCCACAACCAUUGCCACCUAACUUGACCUUAGCAACACCUUCAUCGCUGAGCCUCGCAUGGUCAAUUAGACCCCAAGAUGAUGAAUUCAUGCUUCAGAUGGAAGAUCCUGAGUCCAAGCAUGGUUUCCUCCCUGUCUACAGUGGAAAGGAAUGCUCUUAUAUCUGCUCAAGUUUAAGAAAGAACACUACUUACAAAUUUAGGUUGAAAUCCCAAAAUGAUGAUGGCUGGUCACGUUGGUCCGAUGAGGCGAGGUAUAGUACCCUACCAGGGCGACCUGGCCCUCCAUCGAGGCCUCAGCUCAAAGGCAAGAUACACCUGCAUUUCUUCAGGCUGAAGUGGGACCCUCCUGUUGACACCGGUGGCGCACCUGUCACCAGCUAUACCGUCCAGAUUGUCAAAUACAAUAAAGACGGAGAAUAUCAAGUGGUGUACAACGGACCCAAUCUGUCAUGUACCAUCGAGAAGCUGGAACCUGGUACAGCUUAUCAGGUACGAGUAUGCUGUGAAGGGCCAGGAGGUACCAGCGACUUCUCCGAGACAGCUUUACUCGCUACAGAGCCAGUUUGCCCCGGUGCUUGCUCUCCUCCUAGACUCCAUGGCAGGGUCAGGUCUCAUUCUAUUCCCAUCAAGUGGGGAUAUCCUGAAAAUGAUGGAGGCUCUUCUGUUACCGAAAUGGAGGUUGGAGUAAGAUCUGCUGAAGAGACGGAACUGAGAACUGCCUAUAAGGGGAAAGAGACUGAGUGUGUUGUUAAUGAUCUGAGACCUUCUCAACUUUACACCUUUGUAGUCAGAGCUGCUAACAAGGUUGGCCCCGGCCCCUGGUCUGAAGCUCUGGAAGUGAUGUCAGGUUGUGCGGCACCCGGUAUCCCUCCCCCACCUACCUUGGGUCUUGGCCCAGGAUCUGUGACCUGUUCUUGGGUCGCACCCCCUCACCACGGCUCGCCAAUCACCUCUUACACCCUUCAGAUGGCUACUCCUCCUGGUGAUAAUUAUAAUCAGGUUUACAUCGGCCCUGCAACUCAUUGUGAAGUAAAACCAGUUCCUCCUGCCACCCUCUGUCUCUUCAGGCUUCAGGCUUCUAACAGUAUAGGAGUGAGCGAGUGGUCUGAAGUAAGGACUAUCGUGACCAGUGCGGGACCACCUGGAGCUGUUCCUGGAUUGAAGGCCUCUGUUGUCAGCCCUACUUCCAUUUCCUUGACCUGGGGUGCACCUCAGUCGAAUGGCGACUUGGUCACUUAUUACACUGUUGAAGCCGGUGACUUCUCCACAACUGUUACGGAAACCAAUUGCGUUCUUGAUGCUCUUGCUCCCGCUACUACCUACAGGAUUCGAGUUAGAGGUGUGAACAGCAUCGGUCCCGGUGCAGUAUCCUCCCUUAAGGUGUCAACACUUCCACUGCCACCUGAACCACCUCAGCUAACCUGUGCCACAUCCGGUCACAACUUCCUCAAGCUGCGGUGGGGAGCUCCAAACUCAAAUGUUAACAAUCAUGUAUUCACUGUUGUCAUGUCAUUACAUUCCAAUAGACGAAUGUUAGUUUACGAGGGGACCAGUACCAGCUGCAAGGUCUCUAGAUUGCAAGAGCAGACCUCUUAUAAUUUUACAAUAACAGCUUCUAAUUCUACUGGAAAAGGACCGGAGAGUGAAACAUAUACCUUCCCUACAGUUAUUGCACCACCACCUCUUGUCAAAGGUUUGAAGGUUAAUGAAAUUAGCAACAGAAGCUGUCAUGUUGAAUGGUCAGCAUUGAAACCACAGGGUAACGACCGAGUUGACUAUACCAUUCAGUGUGCUCGCCUGCGGGAGCAAACCUAUAGACAAGUAUAUCGUGGAAGUGAGAACAAGUGCGAGAUAUCAGACCUAGAAGCAGGAGCAGAUUACCUUGUGCGUGCUUGCGCCAUUCGUCUAAGCCCCAAGGGUCCGAUUGAAGGCCAGUUCUGUAACCCUGUAUCUCUUUCGACCCCACCCGUCCACCACGAGCCCCCUCAGCACCCCAUCGUCAGACAGCACCAUCACCAGGGAAACGGAAGGAGGCCACUCACGGACCAGCAGUGGGCAGGAAUCAUCUUAUCAGGGUUCAUCGUCCUUGCCGUGCUGUUCGCAAUGCUCAUCGCGCACAUCAUCUACUGAAUGGAAGGAUCGUGGCUGGAUCUCUCCGACUUACCUUUAGCGCCAGCUAUUUGACCACUAGUACAUUUCCAAAGCCCGAUUCCCUAAAGCACAAAGUUGUGCACAGGAAAACGAGAUUUAGAGUUAUUUUUAUAAGAAGCUGUUCAUAUUUCUCCUUACAGUAUUUGGUCAUACAAAAUCAGUGUUUUAACACUAUAAAAAAGUAUAUAUGAUUAUGCAAUUAUAUGUAUUAUAUAUUAGAAAUUUAUUUACAAAUGGGUUUAUGAAUUUAUUGAAUUCUUGUAUGUGUAAAUAUAUAAAUAUCGUAAUCUCUCUUAUUUUUUAAGUGUUCAUCAUAUGUAUAUAUACUCUUGAUAUAUAUAGGUAUGAAUUACUCAUGGUUUACAUUUAUAAAUUGUAUAUUAUUAAAUUAAACGAAAUGAAUUUAUCGUAACUUUUCGAAAUAUACAUAUUUAAUUAAUUUAUUUUGUUAUCGACAAAUGUUUGGAAGAUUUUUUGUACAUUCAGAUAUAUUGCUCAGCCAAAUAACGUGUCAAUUUAAUUGCAGUUAUGUAGUGAUGUAGGAACGAUUAAGAAACGAAAUAGGAAAAGACUGCAGAUGUUAGUAUCUUGAGAUUAAUGGCGCAAGCUUAAGAGCAUUAUAUUGAAAUGACAUGUUAAACGUUUUAUAAUUUUAUACAAUUAUUUUGCCUAAUUACAUUUUUAACAUUUAUUACAGUUGUAUCAUUGUUACUUAUUAUUUUUAACAGUGGUGUGUAAGAUUGACUUAAAGCAAUUGUUAUAAAAAUCUAAAAAAGGCCCUAAAAAUAUUGUUAUUUAAAAAAAAAAAAACUUCACUAAUCUUUGGACUAAUACAUGCUCUUAACUGACAGCGCAACGAGCGGUACUACUGACGGUUAGGUUUAUGUAACGAAAGGUUCACGCAUAACUACAAGAGACCUAAUAAAACCCCCAUUUAUAUUUACACCACUUAUUGAUGGUAUGCUUAGAGUUUGUUAAUGUAAUGGUGAAGACUGUGCAAUAUAAACGGUGCUUGAUACUAUGAUAGUUACCUAUGGUCACUUCCAGAUGUGUGUUUGGUGUACCAAAAUUUAUGUCCAAAAUUGAAAGGUGCAUAAGUGCUAUUUUUGUUAUUCUUUGGUAAAUGUGUAUUUUUAUUAUUUAAAUUUGUAAAUAUUCAUAUGAAGUUUUACAUUAAUUAUGAAAUUGUUUUAAUAUUUAUUUUAUUCUGUAUUUUUUUAAUUUUUAAACACUUUUACGAUGGAGGUUUAAAUUGAUAAAAGUGUGUUGUUAUUUCUUACAUGGGGUGCAUCAAAAGCACUAAUUGUUGCACCUUUCAAUGCUGUUUCCAUUAUUAAUUAAAUGUUACAUCAUAGAUUAAUGUCUUUACGUAUAGAUGUAUCAAUGUCAGUUCCAUUAUAGUGUACAGACGUCUUUAAUGUUCCAUUCCUUUUCAAGAGACCUCUUAACACUUAUUGUGACUGUUGGUGCAUUUCUUCUUUUUAUAAAGUUAACCUAUUAGAUUAUUAAUUGUUACUGUUAAAAUAUGCUAUAUCAAGUAUAAUUAACAAGAAUUGUUAAAAUUUUAGGUGCAGUCAUAAAAGGUUAUAUAUUAAAAUUCUAUAGGAUUUAAUUAAAUAAUUAUAUGCAUAUAUAUGAAAAUGAUUACAUGCUAUAUUUUAUGUAUGUCGAUUAUCUAUAUUAUUAAAAUUUCCACUGAAAAUGUCAA